AUGCGAAACUGCUUGGGAACGCGCCUGUACGGCGAAGGCCCCCGAGGCCUCGAUUUAACGUACCGCGACUGCCUCAAGCUACUCGUGCCCUUCGGAUGGACGGUCGCCGCCUGCUGCAUUUUCGCGUACUAUUGCAUCGAACCCAUCGCCAACAGCCGCUUCCCGAAGACCAUUCCCAUGUACUGGAGCUUGAUCUCCGCUUUCCCGGCCUUUAUGACCGCACUCAAUACUUUCGUCUUCCACAGGGACGCCGUCGUCCAGUCUGGGCUCUCGCGGGUGGCUCUGGCUGAACUUACGCAAGUCGUGCGGCUGAUUUCAGUUAUCGGCGUCUUCACGUUCAUCACUCUCGCUGUCGCGAGCGCGAUCCAACUUGCGCAGUGUCGUCUCUGCACCAACGACAGCUACAAGGAGAACGUGGUUUGGUGUGGUGUGUCGCUGGCGUGGAUGGUGGUGAUGGCCGUGACGACGCCGACAGCGAGGCACUUUUCCAAGUUGAUCUUCCGCCACGAGACCUUCCAGGAGCAGGCGGGCGGGUUGACGCCGACGCUGUGUUGCACGUCCUCUGAGGCGCCGCCCUCGCUGCGCCCAGUCCCCUGGGGCUCCGUGGGCCCCCACCACGGCGCCGCCGCGGCGGACGGGGCGUACGUCGUGACGACAGGCUACCCCGCGGACGGGGGGGCACGGACGCUGCGAGUGGCUGGCGACCACGCAGCGGAGGACGACUACAUUCGCGCUGCUGCCGGCGCGUCGCCUGGGCAAGUCGUGACCGGCAAAGUCUCCUCCAAGGCAGAAAGCAAGCUCGACGACCAGGGAUCGGGAAGCACCUGA